AUGAAUUUAUCCAACGAUUAUCUACAACAAAUCUCAACCAGCAUUUCACCUAAGACUCAACUAAAGAGUCUUUCAAGAGAGGAAGAAAUCAACUCACACGAUCCUCAGGAUAAUGCUUUAUCGCAGCAAGAUCUUGAAAAAUUGACAGAAUUUUUACGGAGUGAACCUCAAUUUUGGUCAACACAAUAUCAACCUUUAUUAUCACCGGCAGAGCAGUUCUCAUCUGCUACUUUCCCUUUCUUAGAGAAUACACAGAGUACAAACGAAGAUAGUCAAGCGUUACAUCAAGGACAACACAGCGAUGACAGUUGUGAAGAUACGUCAGACAGGCAAAUGAAAAAUUAUGCAAUACUCUCACAGCUUUGGUAUCCGUGUUCAGCAGAAGCCACGAUAGGUGAGCAAUUAGAUAUUAUACAGUUUCCGGUCUCUUAUCGUGAGCUCGUUUACCGUUGGAUCGCUUUAGGCAGACCUCAAUUACAGCUUUUGAAGACACCGUUAGACACAAAAGCGGCAUGUGGACAAAUAGUUAUAGAUUUACAGCAAAUGUGCGAGGCACAGGAAAAUAGUAUCAUAGAAUCAAUUAGAACCUAUCUGGAUAACGGUUACAAUGCCCGGGCUAUGACGUUCGCUCACUUUGCAUCUUACUUAGAUGUAUUUUCCGCCGUACAAGCAGAAUUAGCUUGUCUGGAGAAUGGAUUACCGAAAAAUACACAGAAUAUCUCACGUCUUUAUGAGGAGACAUGGUGGAAUUGUCUGCAAGCAUUUGAUGUUGACCGCUGGAUAUGUACCGCCAGAUCGUCACACAAUUGUUUGCGGCAUUUCCUUUGGGGCGAGGUGUACGAUUGGCCGCUGCAGAUUAUUAUAGAUAGCUUUCAAAUUUUCAAGGGUGGGCGUUCGUGUAUAAGAUCGAUGCUGGCAAGUCCUGAAGUGAGGGAGAGGUCGGCGCUGCAUACAAAUUUAUCCGUACUUGGACUAGUAGACGGUGAGGCAUAUUCAGGGUUCGAGACAUCGCCAGAAUUCAAGACAUCGCCAGGAUUUAAGACAUCGCCUUCUUUAGAUGGUUUUACUUCAUACUGGCAGAGUGAUAGGGCGGCUUUCGAAUCACCAAGUUCUACAGAUACUUCUUCAUCAAUGCCGGUCACGCCGAUUCUGAAUGUAUCGAAUCAGCGAAGGGAAUCGUCGAUCGGGACGUCGUUCAGGUCGGAGAGUAUACUAGAGAAGGUGAAGGAGUAUCAGGAUUUAUGUGGGAGGUGUAGGAGGGGAGGGGUGUAUAUAUAA